AUGAGCGAGCCUAUUCGCUGCUAUGAUGCUAUGUCUUUCAGGCGCCGACCUGAAUAUCAAGGAGUUUGGCGAUAUGCGAGAAAGUUUCCUUAUCGAAAAUUGACUCGAGCACAACAGCAGCUUGUCAAUGAACAUGUCCGAUUUCAUGAGAAGGUCGAGCUACGCGCCACUUCCAAGCACUUCUCCACUCAACCAGCUCUUCAUUUCUACCUCAACGGCUUCUACAACAACAUCACCAUUGACGUCACUACGCGGACACCGGAAAUGUUGCGGGAACUGCAUGAGUCAUCAUUCAACCCACAUCGAUAUUAUCAUCAAGAUGGCCUAAGCGUUCGAAUCCGCGGCUCCUUGGAUGACUUCAACAUGGAUGAUUUCUGGAUUAUCAUCAGCCUUUCACCCGACAAUACUAUAUUUCCCUAUAUUCAUUUUGAAAUGAGCGAUGGUAACUCUGCUCGCUAUGGCUACCGUCGAGAUCAGCUGCGAUUAAUGCCUGACGGUAGAGUACCGUAUGAUGUGGCCCAUCUACGAAUUGUCGACAAAUUGACAGCUAAUUUAAAAAGCCGUCGAAUACGCGUCGAUUUUCCAAUGGAUGAACAAGGACGACCAUUGCCGAUUCGAACGCAUUGCGGACUGGGAAAGUUGAGCUGCUUCCACAGAGAUAAUCUUUUCGUCUAUCCAGGCUUUCCCAUGGGGACAAAGUUAACUAGCAGCUCGUUGAAGAUGAACGAUUGGCUACUGGAUGGAACUAGGCCGUAUCAGGUAUUCCUCUCAGUUCUCGAUCAAUCAGCUAACGAAUACUUUGACUUCUACGCGGCAGCAUUCGACCAGCUACUCGACUGUCAACUCUUCCGCUUCAGCUUCAUCUAUUUCUCAGAGAAUGAAUGUCUUCUCUCUCUUCCAAUCAUCCACAAACUCGUCCUCCAUAUCCUCAAUUCGAGAAAAAGAGAGUCCGGAGAUGGUCGACGUCUUAUCAUUCUCGACACUCAACUAGCAAUUCAAGUAGCUGAAGACUUCAAUAUCCCAAAGUCAUCAGUCAAUUGGAAAUCAGACAACGAAAUGAUGCUAAAGACGCUUAUCGAUGAAUUAAACAAAAUAUCGGUUGAUUGCCCAAUCCUCGACUCCCAGUUGUAUUAUGGAGAAGACGACUUGCCAUUGCGGCAGAUGUGCGGCCUCCCACAUUAUCUCUUUUCCACCGGAAUCCAUGUGCUCAUUGCCCAAAAUUAUCCCACUCAAACGCACAUCGUCAACAAUGAGAUUCAAUGGGCCCUCGAUAGUACCGGUACCCAACUGGCAAACAUCAAUGUUCGACUGCAAUGGCCGAUUGAUUUCCACACGAACGAAUCCAAAUCUAUUUUUCCCAAA